ACGAAGCACCGCGGUGACAUAGCUAACAGAGGAGGAAAAAAAAUCAAGUCAUUUGGGGGAACAGUCGGCUGCAACCCGGACGUAGGGGACGUAUUAUAACACAACUUGUGCAGAACAAAACAUAAAUCAUGCUGCUUCGUAAAGUGACUCAGUCUUCCGCACUGUGUGGCACCAUUCUCAGGAUUCCUCCCGUGCUGUCCAGAGGUGGAGCCAGGGCUGUGAAUGCUAUUCAACACUCCCGUCUGUAUGCAAGCCAAACUGCUCAGGCGGUGCUGGAGAAGCCGGCAGCAGUCGGGAGUGAUGCUGCCACUAAAGUGGAAAAGAAGACAGUCACUGACGAAUCCAAAUCAUUUGCUGUCAACAUUUUCAAGGGGCAGAUUUCGACUUCUCAAGUGUUUCCCUUCCCCUCAGUGCUCAAUGAGGAGCAGGAGCAGUUCCUUCGAGAGCUUGUGGGGCCCGUCGGCAAAUUCUUUGAGGAGGUGAACGAUCCUGCCAAGAACGACGCCUUGGAGAAGGUGGAGGAUCACACCAUGGAGGGCCUGAAGGAGAUGGGCGCCUUCGGCCUGCAGGUGCCAGCUGACCUGGGUGGCCUCGGCCUCUCAAACACACAGUAUGCCCGGUUGGUUGAGAUCGUUGGUGGUCAUGACCUGGGCAUUGGCAUCACUCUGGGUGCCCACCAGUCAAUUGGCUUCAAGGGCAUUCUGCUUUUUGGGAAUCCAGCCCAGAAGGAGAAGUACCUGCCUAAGCUCGCCACAGGUGAGCACAUAGCUGCCUUCUGUCUGACUGAACCAGCCAGCGGCUCUGAUGCUGCCUCUAUCAAGACCACAGCUGUUCAGUCCCCCUGCGGGCAAUAUUACACUCUCAGUGGAAGCAAGAUCUGGAUCAGCAAUGGAGGCCUGGCUGAGAUCUUCACAGUGUUCGCCAAGACACCCAUGAAGGAUCCCAAGACUGGGGAGACAAAGGACAAGAUCACGGCCUUCAUCGUGGAGAGGAGCUUUGGAGGAGUGACACAUGGCCCUCCAGAGAAGAAGAUGGGCAUCAAGGCGUCCAACACAGCCGAGGUCUACUUUGAUAACGUUCGCGUGCCAGCCAACUGUGUGCUGGGUGAAGUGGGUGGAGGUUUCAAGGUAGCCAUGAACAUCCUGAACAACGGCCGCUUUGGCAUGGCGGCCGCCCUCUCCGGCACCAUGAAGGGAGUCAUCGCUAAAGCUGUGGAUCAUGCAGCCAACAGAACCCAGUUUGGGAACAAGAUCCACAACUACGGAGCCAUCCAGGAGAAGAUGGCGCGCAUGGCGAUGCUGCAGUAUGUCACUGAGUCAAUGGCCUACAUGAUCAGCGGCAACAUGGACAGCGGAGCGACUGAAUUCCAGAUAGAAGCUGCCAUCAGCAAGAUCUUCGCCUCAGAAGCGGCAUGGACCGUGACUGACGAGUGCAUUCAGGUUAUGGGCGGCAUGGGUUUCAUGAAGGACUCUGGAGUGGAGAGAGUGAUGCGGGAUCUGAGAAUUUUCCGAAUCUUUGAGGGCACCAACGACAUCCUGAGGCUCUUCGUGGCCCUCAAUGGAUUCCAGAAUGCCGGUAACCAGUUGAAGAGUUUACAGAAGGCCCUGAAGAACCCGCUCGGCAACGCCGGGCUGCUUGCAGGAGAAAUCACCAAGCGAGCCAAAAGGAAGGCAGGUUUGGGCACAGGCCUGACACUGCAGGGAACUGUACAUCCUGAGCUGGCACAGAGCGGUGAACUGACAGUUAAAGCCAUCGAACAAUUCGGAGUCAUCGUUGAGGAGCUGCUUAUCAAACAUGGCAAGAAGAUCAUUGAUGAACAGUUUGUCCUGAAAAGAGUCGCAGACUGUGCCAUCGACCUUUACGCCAUGGUGGUUGUCCUGUCCAGGGCUUCACGCUCUCUGAGUCAGGGCCAUGCCUCAGCUCAGCACGAAAAGAUUCUGUGUGAGACCUGGUGUAUGGAGGCCUAUGAGAGGGUCAUGCACGACAUCAAGACUCUGCACUCCAGUGAGUCCAGACAGCUCUUCAAGAACCAGCGGUCCAUCUCUGCAGCCAUGGUGGAGAACGGAGGAGUGGUUUCUCCUCACCCUCUGGGUUUCUAAAUGCCCCAUGGACCCCCC